CGCAAUCAAUACCCUUGUCUCUUCUCUCUCUCUCUCUCCUCCUUGUCUCUUUGACUCUGACGACUUAAUAAGAGCAGCAGACUCUAGGGUUUGUUAACAGUGAAUCUAUCCGCUUCCUUCCCCCAAUAGUCCCCGCGUUCUGACUAACGAAAGCAACAACCUUUGGACCAAUGGCAACCGAGAAUCCUAUCAGGAUGUCUGGUAACAACGAGAGAUGGUCUAACUCUAGGCCUGUUUCUGUUCCUAACCGAAGUGAGAGUGCGCCUCCGAGCAUGGAGGGAUCGUUUCUAGCUGUUGAUAGUCUCUUGUCGCGACAGGGUCACGACAGGGCAGCUCAGGAGCCUCUGACCACUCAUCCUAAUAAACACAACCUGACCCGCACACCUUCUCCACCUGUUUAUUACCCUACUACUGAGUAUCAGCUCGUAGACAGUCGUGUAGGUAGCUUUAGCAGUAACCAGGGACUGAGUAUAGUCAACACUCCCAUUCAUUGUCCCCAAGGUACACUUUCUACUCACAAGGAAGUGUCUGAGGAUGAAGUCUCUCCUCAACAGCAAUCUGUUAAUAGUGUUUCAGAUAGUACUAAUGUGAUGGAUACUAGUCUUUCGCAAGGUCUGGCAGAUACUAUGCAGGAUGGUAGUUCUUCUGGUCCAACCCCUCAGCAUAGUCGGCCUAACUCUUCAGAUGGUGAAAUGAACACAGCGGAUGAGAUUGAUAACUUCUCGGAGAUGUCAGGUGACGUCGUGGAUAAAGAUAAUCCUGCUUCAGUUGGCACUGUGAAGAGUCUCGAUGAGUCUACUAUCAUCUCUAAGAUGAAGAAUACUAACAUAUCUGGGCCAGGGACAGCUAAACACCCUAGAGAACAACCAAGGAGUGCAAGGCCAGAAAGGCAGAUGUAUCCACAACAAAGUAAUGUAACAUGGAUUCAAAAUGGCGCCAACAUGGGUUAUCAGAGUCUUAACGGGACCACGGGACAGUUUCAUUAUGGUCAGCAGCAUGUGCUUCAUCAGUCUCCAGGCUUUACUCCGCCUACGCAAACGGGUUAUGUGACUUCACCAGCUCAAGUCUAUAACAUGCAGUCUCCUGGUGUCUACUCUCCGCAAUAUGGUUAUGGACCAUACACUAACAUGAUCCCACCACACCCACAGUACAUACCUGGAUACCCUUCCCAUGGUUCAGUUCCGCUUAUUGUCCGUCCAGAAUAUAUUCCUCAGUUACAUGGGCCGAGUGCGGGGAAUGUAGUUCACAGAGGUGCUGAGAGUUUCUAUGCUCCACCAGGGCAACCUUCUUUUCCAGAUCCUAUGUAUAUGCACUACAGUCAACAGGCAUUAGGACAUGUGAAUGCUCCUAGAGGGAACCAUAAGAAUGCUCCUGAGCCUCAUAAAGAUGAGUCAAGGUUCGUCCGGCAAAUAAGGGGACCAAAUAACUCUAAUAUGGGUCUUAAUUACUAUGGAGUCCAGCCAAAUGUGGUGCAAUAUCUGCCUAGUGCUCCUCCUUCACCGGGCUAUGUCCCCUAUGUAGAGGCAUACCCUGGAUGGCAGCAGCAGGGAAGCUUGGAAGGUACCAAUGGUCCGAGAUUGUGCAAUUUUCUUGAAGAGCUGAAGUCUGGAAAAGGCAGGAGGUUUGGUUUAUCAGACAUCACAGGACACAUUGUUGAGUUCAGUGCGGAUCAGCACGGGAGCCGAUUCAUUCAGCAAAAGCUUGAGAACUGUAAUCCAGAAGAGAAAGAAGCUGUCUUCAGGGAACUUCUUCCUCAUGCUUGCAAACUAAUGACAGAUGUGUUUGGCAAUUAUGUCAUUCAAAAGUUUUUCGAAUACGGAACCCCAUCACAGAGAAUGGAACUUGCUGAUCAGCUCAUGGGACAGAUAGUACCACUUAGUAUGCAGAUGUACGGUUGUCGCGUGAUACAAAAGGCACUUGAUGUCAUAGAGCCUGACCAGAGAGUUCGUUUAGCACGCGAACUUGAUGGAGAUGUCAUGAGAUGUGUUCGAGACCAAAAUGGAAACCAUGUCAUCCAGAAAUGCAUCGAGAGUAUCCACGCAGACAGAGUUGGUUUCAUGUUAUCUGCAUUCCGUGGUCAAGUCUCCUCUCUCUCUAUGCAUCCUUAUGGCUGCCGUGUCAUACAGAGGCUUAUGGAGCGUUGCUCGAACGAGCAUCAGUGUCAGUUCAUCACAGAGGAGAUACUGGAGUCAGCACGUGUCCUUUGCAAGGAUCAAUACGGCAAUUACGUCAUACAGCAUGUAUUGGAGAAAGGGACAUCUGAAGAACGAGAGAGAAUCGUGAGGAAACUAUCAGGGCACAUCGUGCAGCUUAGCCUACAUAAAUUUGCAUCAAAUGUUAUAGAGAAGUGCCUGGAGCAUGGUGGUAGAAUUGAGAGGGAUCUCAUCAUCAAAGAGAUUGCAGGGCCUGAUGAGAGCUAUGAUAGUCUAUUGAUGAUGAUGAAGGACCAGUAUGGAAACUAUGUGGUGCAGAAGAUAUUCGAGACGUGUAGUAUUGAUCAGCGUGUAGUGUUGGUCAGCAGAGUCAGGAUGCACGCUUCUGCUUUGAAGAAGUACACUUAUGGGAAACAUAUUGUCACUCGUUUGGAACAGCCCUUUGGUCAAGAAAGCCGAGAAUCGAGGCGAUGAGUGGCUUCUUCUGAUUCAAUACAGUGACUGAUUCAGAUAUAGUCGAGAUACAAUUCGCUAUUUCAUGAAAAAUGGAGAUUUCAUUGCAAAGGUUCACUUCACAAUCCACAAUGAUUGUGGAGAAUGUUGUUUGUACUUUAGAAUUUGAUCUUAGCCGUUAUGUGUGGCCAUGUUGGUAAAUAUCGAUAAUUGUAUCAGUAGUGUACACUCGUAUUUGUAACUGGUUUGUGGAUUCUCAUCAGAAAACAAUUCCAAACU